ACAUUGCUAUUGUCUGGGGCCGCAAGCAACAACAAAAAGUUUAAAAUUUAGAGUUAAAUUGGGCCAAUCAAAUUAAUUAAAAUGUUAUAGAGCCGUUACAUUUGGAAUAAUUAAACGCCGGAAAACAAUUGGACUGCAUACUAUUAACCAUUUCACUCACACCGCUGACAGCAAAGACAUCGAAGACGACAUCAACUGGAAAAUCAAUCGAAGACAUUGCUGUUGUGUUGUUGUUGUUGCUGUCGGUGGGAUUUUAAUUAAAAAUUCCAGUUAAAAGACAAAGCCAAAGUUGAAGGCGGCAGCGCGUUGGUUGUGCUGCAAUUGUGUUGUCGCUAUUUUGGUUUUGAGUCGGUUGGUUGGGGCGUUGGCUUUCACCCCAUAUCCAAAUAAGGUGAAUAAUAAGUGAAAGCUGGCCAAGAUUUGCAAUAGUUCGCAUUGUUCAAGGUCAUUGGUAACCCGAAACCGAAUCCACCAUUACACCGGCCAUCUUCAUUCCCAGCCAUUCCAUCCCACUCAUUGAUCAAUAUGGCCAUUAGUUUUGAGAAACAUCGUGCCGAAAUUGUGGCCGCCUGGAAGGAUGUCUUGGAUGACAAAAGUCCAACAAAUUGGUCCUUAUUUGGCUAUGAGGGACAGACCAAUGAACUGAAAUUGGUCUCAUCCGGCGAGGGCGGUGUGGAGGAGCUCAAUGAGGAUUUGAAUAGCGGUAAAAUUAUGUAUGCCUAUGUACGCAUUGAGGAUCCCAAAACUGGUCUAAAUAAGUAUUUACUCAUCAACUGGCAGGGUGAGGGCGCUCCAGUUCUACGCAAAGGCACCUGCGCCAAUCACAUUCGUGAUGUGGGUAAUCUUCUAUCGGGCGCCCAUUUAACCAUCAAUGCUCGAAAUGAAGAUGAUGUUGAUUUGGAGCGAUUACUUAAGAAACUUAGCACCGUGAGUUCGGCAUAUAGUUUCAAGGAACCACGUGGCACCGUGGAGGAGCAAAAGGCUCCGGUGGGCACCAACUAUACUAGGGUGAUACCCACCAAAGAGCUGAAUGCCAGUAUCACGCAGGAUUUCUGGAAGAAGGAAGAGGCCGAGGAGAAGCGUCGCCUUGAGACCGAAAAGGAAGCCAAGCGUUCGGAAUUGCAAAAGCUAGAGAAUGAGCAACGCUCACGCGAGGAGAAGGAGCACAAGGAACGGGAAAAGCUAAUCAUAAGCAACACCAAAUUGCAGCCAGCUCAUGUGCCCAUUAAAACAUCGCCUCAGCCUUUGAGUCCAGAGAAAACAGUAGCAAAUUUCGGCCAAAACUUAACGGAUGCCGAACGCAUGCGACAGGCACGCAAUCAGGAAGCCAGGGAAUUGAUUGGUUCUCGUGUGGGAGCCGCCAAGGCCAUGUUCACAAAGCACACCAGCGAGGGACAGCUGCAGUCCAAACUUAACACACAACCACCAGCUAAGCCUGCACGCAAUUCCAUUGCCCAGCGCAUUAAUGCCUUUAAUCAGAAUCAACCUCAGGAAACAGCUGUGCCUUCACCACCACGCUCCCAGUCUCCCAUUAAGCCGGUAGUGGCAAUUGCAGCUACGCCACCACUGCCAGCAGUUCAAGAGACAAUCCCGACACCUCCAGUUGCUGCCGAGGUGGUAUCAACCAUUCCAGAAGCCAUUGAGGAGCCACAGCCCGCAGAUGAUUUGCCCUUGGCCCAUGAAAGUAGUGAACAAUUCUCGACCAUUAAGAGAUCACCGCACAGUAAAACCAAUUCGCUGCAAUCACAAUCACCAGAUGAGACCACAUCGUCUAAUGAAACAGAUACGGCUGUCUAUCAGGAGGAAGAGCAGGAAGUACGCACCAAAGUGUCGGUGACAGUGCAGCAAUCGCAAGCGGCCAAAACCUCAAGCCUCAGCACCCUGGAGAGGAAUGCCUUAACCGAUCUGGUUAACGAGGACGAUUUCAUUUGUCAAGAGACUUUAGGCGAUUUGGGUUUGCGGGCACGUGCUCUUUACGAUUAUCAGGCUGCCGAUGAAUCGGAAAUUACCUUUGAUCCUGGUGAUAUCAUAACGCAUAUCGAUCAAAUUGAUGAGGGUUGGUGGCAGGGACUUGGACCCGAUGGAACCUAUGGACUGUUUCCGGCUAACUAUGUCGAGAUCAUUAACUAAAAACUAAAACAGAAUAAUAAUAAUAAUAAUAAAACAGAAGGUAAGAAACCCAAUUGCCAAGCAAUAUGGGAGUACUGUGUUUUUUUUGUUUUUUUUUAUUUUUCAAAAGCAUGAAAUAUAUAUUUAUAAUAUCCUCUGCCCCUCCCAUUAAACCCUUCUUCUAAUUACACAUUCUUGAACAAUAAUGCAGACUAUACACCAUAUAGCGACUAUAAGCGAUUUGUAUUGUACGAUCACGUGUUUUAUACAUAUAUAUAUAUAUAUAUUUAAUAAUAAUAAUAUUAACUAACUUAGAACUUGUAAUCAUGCCUAAAUGUUAUUCCUUUUAAGUUUGUGAACACGAACAUUUAAAAAAACAAAAAACCAUGUUGCGUCCUUUUAUAUAAACAAAAAAAAAACAACAAACAAAAUGAAAAGUUUCGUAAUCUAUAUAUUAACUAAUAUGAUGUAAUCCAACUUUAGUCAGUAUUUAAGAUUUGGUAAAAAAAAAAACAAGACUCCCAAUUUAUGCUUUUAACCAAGUUUUUGUUUUUCUUUUAUUAUUAUUAUUAUAAUUUUUUUAUAUAAAUAUAUAUGUAUUAUAGAUGAAGAUUUGUAAAACUUUUUCGUCAAAUAAACUUUGAUAAUUGUGCAACAAUAA